AUGAAGCUUGAUAUCGAUGGGCUCAAAGUCCUUUUCCCCUAUGACUUUGUAUAUCCGGAACAGGUUUUGUAUAUGCAAGAAGUGAAAAAAGCGCUCGAUGCCAAGGGACACGGAUUACUCGAAAUGCCAUCCGGUACUGGAAAAACCGUAUCGCUUCUUAGUUUGGUUCUAGCUUAUAUGCUGCAAUAUCCGGAAAAACUAGAUAAACUGGUAUAUUGCUCACGAACAAUUCCCGAAAUUGAAAAAUGCGUCGAGGAAAUGCGAGUUUUGUAUGAUUACUAUGAGAAAGAGACCGGCCAGAAAGUGCCAAAAAUCACCGUGGCGAUGUCGGCAAGAAAGAAUUUGUGCAUCAACGACGAAGUCUCUAAACUGCGAUAUGGAAGCGCUGUUGAUGGCGCUUGUCAGAAGUUGACCGCGUCGUUUGUCAGAGCGAAGCGAAUUGAAGAUCCGUCGAUUCCGUCGUGCGAAUUCUUCGAGAAUCUCGAAUCGCAACACUUUUCAAUUCCGGACGGUGUGUGGAAUUUGGAGGAUUUGAGAAAAUUGGGAAGAGAAAAACAAAUAUGCCCGUAUUUCGUAUCAAGACACGCGAUUAACAAGGCACACAUUGUUGUCUACUCGUACCAUUAUAUUUUGGAUCCAAAAAUCGCCGAAUUAGUUUCUAAAGAUUUCAGCAGAAGAUCUUGUGUGGUUUUUGAUGAAGCCCACAAUAUUGACAAUGUUUGCAUUGAAUCGAUGUCUGUUGCAAUUACGCAAAAAAAUGUCGAACGAGCUUCAAAUGAGCUUGGCAAAUUAGAUAAUAUUGUGCAUCAUAUGCGAAAUCGAAACGCUGAAAAGCUGAAACAGGAAUAUGAUCGAUUAGUGGAAGGAUUACGAAGAACGGAGCGGGAACGCGCGAAUGAUGAACGAUUGGCAAACCCUGUGAUACCAGACCAAAUUCUACAAGAAGCAAUCCCUGGAAGCAUUCGCCAAGCGAACCAUUUCCUCCUUUUUCUCAAGAGAUUUAUUGAGUAUGUCAAACAUCGUAUGAGAACGAACCAGGUGCUGAUUGAAAGUCCAGCGGCGUUUGUGAAAGACAUCAACGAACGAAUUUGCAUCGAAAGACGUCCGUUGAGAUUCUGCGCUGAGCGAUUAUCGAACUUGGUGAAGACACUAGAAUUGGCUGACGGUUCGGAUGUUUGGGCGUUGUCGCAGGUCGCCACACUCGCGACACUUGUCAGCACGUAUUCCAAAGGAUUUUCGCUGAUUAUCGAGCCAGCAGAAGGCAGUCAAUCGUCGACUAUCACGCUAUCUUGUCAUGAUGCUUCGAUUGCGAUUCGGCCAGUUAUCAGUCGAUUUCAAUCAGUUAUCAUCACAUCUGGAACGUUGUCACCAUUGGAAAUGUAUCCGAAAGUUCUAGAUUUUGACCCGAGUGUUAUGGCUUCAUUCACCAUGACAUUGGCACGUCCAUGCCUCAGCCCAUUAGUGGUUGCUAGGGGCAACGAUCAAGUCGCCAUGACAUCACGAUUCGAGCAGCGUGCUGAUGUUGCCGUUAUCAGGAAUUAUGGAAAUCUUGUUCUUGAAAUGGCUUCAUUGGUGCCCGAUGGGAUGGUUGUCUUCUUCACUAGCUAUCUUUAUAUGGAAAAUGUGAUUGGAGUUUGGUACGAGCAGCAUAUCAUUGAUGAGCUCAUGAAGUACAAACUUCUUUUUAUUGAGACGAAUGAUGCUGUGGAAACAUCGGUGGCUCUUGAAAAAUAUGUGGAAGCUUGUGAUAGCGGCCGCGGUGCGUGUUUGUUCUCAGUGGCUCGCGGAAAGGUUUCCGAGGGAAUUGAUUUCAGUCAUCAUCUAGGAAGAUGCGUGAUUAUGCUUGGAAUCCCUUAUAUGUAUACCGAGAGCAGAAUUUUGCGUGCACGUCUAGAAUAUCUUCGCGAUCAGUUUGGAAUCAAAGAAAACGAUUUUCUAACGUUUGACGCGAUGCGACACACGGCACAAUGCAUGGGAAGAGCGCUUCGAUCGAAAACCGACUACGGUUUGAUGAUUUUUGCCGACAAGCGAUUUUCGCGACAGGACAAACGUGGAAAAUUGCCGAGAUGGAUGCAGGAAUAUUUGGAAUCUGCUUCGACGAAUUUAAGUAUUGAUGAAGCUGCGCACGUGGCGAGAAGAUGGCUAACCCUUAUGGCGCAGCCUUUCACCAAAGAAGAUCAACUUGGUGUAUCAUUGUUGAAUGCUGAAAUGCUCGAUUCGCAAUCGAUGAAAAAAUUCGAGCGAGUAGUUGAAUAUGUGGAUUAA